AUGGAAGAUGAAGAAAAGAGAUGUCAAGAUGAAGAACCCAGUGAAUUUUAUUUCGAAUCCGAUCACCUAGCAUUAAAAGGGAAUAAAGAUUACACAGCCCUUUUAAAAACGAUUGUAAUUCUCGAAGCGCAACGUACCCAAGCUAUAGAAGAUUUGGAUAAACUUUUAUCUAUUCGUUCCAAAGCACUGAAGGAUCCAAUAUCUUUUGUGGCUCAGAUACAAAACGGUGAACUACCAGAAUUACCAGGGCCACAAAAGAUUGCAGAAAUUCCUUAUAUUGAUUGGUCACAAUAUAAUGUAGCUGCACCUGAUAUGCGUAUGAGACCUCAGACAAGGCAUGGACAUGUAUUACCUCAUGUACCAACAAAGACAGAACAAGAGAAUGGAAAAAUUUUAGUAAGAGGACGUGCUUUUGAUGAAAGUAAACCAGAAACCUUUAAUCAGUUGUGGACAGUGGAAGAACAAAGGAGAUUAGAGGAACUUUUAAUUGAAUAUCCUCCAGAAGAAGUAGAAAUGAGAAGAUGGACUAAGAUAGCUAAUGCUUUAGGUAAUAGAACUCCAAAACAAGUUUCUAGCAGAGUGCAGAAAUAUUUUAUUAAACUUUUAAGAGCUGGAUUACCUAUACCCGGACGUGGCCCUAAAAUGAAAUUAGAUGUUAAAAGAGGAAUCGGCCACAGACAUCAGCGCAAUAAUUACUCGCUAUUUAGACGUUCUACGUUCUUCCCACAUCAGGACAUGUCUUUUACAAUGGCUGAUGAAAGCAAAGAACAGCCAGUUGCAGAAGAAUCUGAAGAUGAUGCUGGAAAUAGUACUAUUGAUGAUAAUCCUGAACUGAGGCAUAUAGAAUUAUUAAGACAAGUAAAAGCUGAGAAAGAAGAAAAUUCAUCUUCCGUAUUUAAACAUGUUGGAUAUAAGUGUUCGAUAUGUGGAGAAGAGCCUUUAACAGGCACAAGGUGGCAUUGUUCGGAAUGUCAAAAUGGGCUUGACUUAUGCGGCGAUUGUGCAGUACUACAAUUAGAAGAUGAAAAGCCAUUACAUGAUAUACUACACAGACUGAUUCCUAUAAAACCACCCCAGUAUACUAGAAGCUACGAUUUAGAUUAUUUCCCGCAAAGUUUCAGUAAUUCGUCUUACAAUUACUUAGAUCCUAAUUUUUUACCCGAAUAAUUUUAACAAGUUUGUAUCGAUAUGAUUUUAUUACAAA